AUCAGCUGUUACCGGUAUAUAUUUAGUAAAAAAACGCAAAUAAACAAAUAUUAUGCGAUCACUGCCCUCCAACUAUCAAAGAUAUAACCAAAAUACGUGUUCUACUAGAAGGUUAUUGGUCCACAUUGCAAAAUGAUAAACACUGGCAAACUAGCUGGACGCACUUUAUUUAUUACAGGUGCGUCACGCGGCAUUGGCAAGGCAAUAGCAAUAAAAGCGGCUCGUGAUGGUGCAAAUAUAGUGAUAGCGGCUCGAACUACUGAAGAAAAUCCUAAACUUUCUGGAACCAUUUACACAGCUGCACAUGAGGUGGAGAAAGCUGGUGGUCGUGCACUUCCUUGUGCUGUAGAUAUACGUGAUGAAGAGCAAGUGCGUGCCGCUGUUCAUGAUGCCGUUUCGAGAUUUGGUGGAAUUGACAUUGUGGUUAAUAAUGCCUCCGCCAUUUCUUUCUCCAGUACAGCGGCCACAAGAAUAGACCAUUUUGAUAUUAUGUAUCAAACCAAUACACGUGGCGCUUUCAUCGUAUCUCAGGAGUGUUUGCCCUAUUUGAUACGAAGCGAAUAUUCACAUAUUUUAAAUAUUGCCCCGCCUUUAAACUUGGAUCCUAAAUGGCUCUCAGCUCAUUUAGGGUAUACCAUAGCAAAGUAUGGUAUGUCCAUGUGUGUACUAGGUAUGGCCUAUGAGCUAAACGCUAUGUCAGUGGCGGUAAAUGCCUUGUGGCCACGCACUUCAAUAUGCACAGAAAGAAUCAAAGCUCUUAUGGGACCAGAAUUUCUGAAGAGAACACGCAAAGUGGAUAUUAUGGCAGAUGCUGCUUAUGCAGUGCUUAUACGUGAUCCAAAAGAGUUUACUGGUCGUUUUCUAGUCGAUGAUGAAGUUUUAACUGAAGCUGGUAUAAAAGAUCUCGAUCAGUAUGCGAACGACUCUACAGUCGCAGAUGAAUUGAUGUAUGAAUCCUUCGUGGAUAUACCAAAAGAGAAAAUUGUACCUUUUAUUAAUAGAGAUAUACCGGCAUGGAAGUCUAUAUUGAAAGAAAGAAAAGCGAAAGUAAAUACACAAAAAGAAGAGAGAAAAAUCUCAGGAUUGUUUGAAAAAAUUGGACCGCUACUUUCAAAGGAACUUGUUCAAAAAACAUUAGCGAUUUAUCAAUUUCAUAUAGURGGUAAUGAAGGUGGUGUUUGGUACAUUGACCUAAAAAAUGGUGCCGGUUCUUGUGGAAAAGGCGUACCGGWAGAGGAAGCGGAUGCAACAUUUGCAAUAACAUCAGAGAAUUUUGUCGAAAUAUUUUCUGGUAAAAUGAAGCCAUCAACAGCCCUUCUUAUGGGUGAAAUGAAAAUAUCGGGAGAUUUGAGUAAAGCUCUCAAAUUGGAGAAACUUACGAAAGCACUAAGGUCAAAAAUGAGUAUAGAUAAAUUGUAGCUAUUUUUAUUUAACAACGUCUUGUUUGAAGUUUGUUCAAAUUGAAUAAAAAAGUGUAUAACAAA